CCCCAGCUAGUAUCAUUUAUACCGUACUUUAUGACAGUACUGUUUCAUCUCCUUCAAAAAUAAAUUAACAUUGAGGCGCAUUUAAACCUCAAAAUACGACUCAAUUCAUACGGGAUUCAUCACACUUCAUAUCAUUUCAGUUUUCGUAUUUGUUUUUCAAGUAAAUCAAUGAAUUUUCAUGAAUAAAUCGUAAACCAGUAAAAUUGACAAGAGGAAAAAAAAAAUUUUAAUAAAAAAAAUCCGAAGCGAAAAAAAUUUACUUCAUUUUCUGUUGUGUGUGGAUUAUAGAGCGGGUGAUAAAAACGAAUUUUAUUUCCAUAUAUAUUUGUGUGUGUUAAUUGAAUUAGUUGGAACGCUUGCGCAUUGCGUUAUGCAAUGGUUGUCUAACUAGGAGAAGAAGAAGAAGAAAAAAAAAAUAAGAAAAAGAAUUUUCAUCAAAAGUCAAAAUUAGAGUGCGAAAAAUUGUACAGUAAUCAUAUUAGGUUUAUAUAAAAGUCAAGAAAUGGCUGCUGAUCCACCCGACCAAGGAAUGGAAACAUGUCCGAGCCCUGAAAUUGGGGACACCCGUAAACGACCACUCGAUAGUGAUUCGGAAAAUAGUGCUACCAAACGAUCACACUUUAGCAAUGCCAACUGCAACCCUCCUCUCAGCAUCAACAGCUCCUUGCAUCAGACAACGGCAAUGCUCCCGGAUACUUCAUAUUUGAUGAUCUAACAACGGCAUUACAGGAGCGAUCAAAUAAUGAUCAAUCAGCGAUUGCUCAUCAACCAUUGCUACAACAGCAUCAACAGAAAUACUUGUUUGGUACCGAUGGACCAUAUCACUUUAAGACGCUGGUGCCCUCCGUGGCUGCCGGCGCAAUUAUUGGUAAAGGAGGUGAAACCAUUGCCGCGGUGCAAAAGGAAACGGGUGCCAAAGUUAAAAUGUCCAAAUCGCACGACUUUUAUCCGGGUACAUCGGAGAGAGUAUGCCUCAUAACUGGUUCCCUCGAGGCUAUUACGGCGGUACUGGAAUUCAUAAUGGAAAAAAUCCGUGAAAAGCCGGAUCUUUCAACCAAACUGACGGACAGUGAAUCAAAACAAGCACAAGAGCGAGAUCGGCAAGUGAAAAUUCUGGUACCGAAUUCGACAGCUGGUAUGAUCAUUGGAAAGGCCGGUGCAUAUAUUAAGCAAAUCAAAGAGGAAAGCGGCUCGUAUGUACAAAUAUCGCAAAAACCAAAAGACAUAACGUUACAAGAACGUUGCAUUACAAUAAUCGGUGAUCCAGAGAAAAAUAAAAUUGCUUGUAAAUUGAUUAUCGCCAAAAUAAUGGAGGAUCCGCAGUCGGGCACAUGCUUGAAUGUAUCAUAUGCGGACAUAAACGGACCUGUGGCUAAUUUCAAUCCAACGGGAUCACCAUAUGCAUCAAAUCAAACCACAAUAAGUUCCAGUACGGCGUCAUUGAAUUCGACUGUCGGUGCACCCGGCCUUUUGGUUAAUGGAACUGGCAUCAAUUUAUCGUUAAAUCUCGGCCAACCUAGCAAUCCAAAUCCUGCGGUAACUGCACAAAUUUUGGAUCACAUCAAAGUUUCAAUGCGUGGAGCUGGUUACUCAGAACAAGCAACCAAUGAAGUUUGUCAAGCGCUAGCUGUUCUAGCUAAGUACGGUGUAUUGGGUGGCGGUCUAGGAUUAGCACAUACUAAUGGAGCCCACCAUCCGAUCAGCUAUUUGGGUGUGUCGGCAUUGGAGCAUCCGGUGUCGAACGGUGUAUUCGGUGCCAUUGGACAGGUGAAUCUAGAAACGUAUGUUGGUGCCACAUCGCCAACACCACGACAACCAUUAGAUCAGUUUGAACAUUUCCGUCACGCUGGACAACAUGCGGCCACACCAAUUACAUUAAAUAAUAAUAGUUUCGGGUUAGCAACCAGUAAUGCUACAGCUCAUGCCAUUGCAGCGGCAGCUGCACAAACGUUACUUAGCAAAAGUCCAACUCCGGGUGAUGGUAGCAGUAAAGAUGCGAAAAAUGUUGAAAUACCGGAAGUGAUUGUGGGUGCUAUUUUGGGUCCCAGCGGUCGUCAACUAGUCGAAAUUCAACAAAUGUCUGGAGCCGUUAUUCAAAUAUCAAAAAAGGGUACGUUCGCUCCGGGCACAAGGAAUCGGAUAGUCACAAUCAGUGGCCAACAGAAUUCCAUUACCAUGGCUCAUUAUUUGAUUGAGCAAAAAAUCCAAGAGGAAGAGUCAAAAAGGGCACGCCAAAAUCCAGUAACGGGUAUCAUACAGUAGAAAUUAUUUAAAUUAAAUUUUGAUGAUUUUAACAGUGUUAAAAGAGAGAAAGAGAACCGAGAGAGAGAGAAAAAAAAGUAAAAAUUGAUAGGAAGAAAGUGUUUUAAAAUUUAAGAGAUAAAGUAAAAUAGAAAUGAAACUAAACAAACAAAAAAAUUAAGAAUAAAAAGAGGAAAAAUUUAAAAAAAAUUGUAAAAAAAAAGUUAUUAUGAAAAUUGGAUGAAGAAUAUAGUUAAACCAUUUUGUGUUUAUGAAAGAUAAAAAAAUUGAUUUGUAUAUAAAAUGAGUUAAACAAAAAAGAAUUAUAAACAAGUGAUUUUAUAGUCAGAACACUGAUCGUUGUUACAGAAAAUAUUUUUUUUAAUUUUUAUUUUAAAUUGAUUUCAUCAAGAGAAUAUAGAGAAUAUUAUUUACAAGAAAAUAAAAGAAAAAACAUAAAGAAUAUAUUUAAUGUUCAAUGUUCCCACCCCUUUCCUCACUCCUCAUCCUCAUCCCUUCAACCCCCUCCAUCACCUAUAUUAUGCAACACAUUUUAACUGAAAAAGAGAAUCACAACAUUUUUGUUUGUUUGUUUUAUUGUUUUAAGAGAAAAUAUCCGCACUCGCAUCUCCAUAUACAUUAGAUACUAAUUAUAAGUCAUAAAGCUCAUUCGAAUCAAUUUCUUUUUUUGACGAUAAAACGUUUUUUAUGUAUCAACAAUGUACACACUCGGUGGCUCACUAUUAUACCGAGCCAGUCCAUCCGAAGACUUUAAAGAUCGAAGCCAAACAAAGAAAAAAAUUUUAAUUUUACUGUUCAGAGAACACGUUUUAUCGUUAAAACAAAGACUUCGGAUCAUCAUCCUUCAACGAUUUUAGUUUUAUUU